GUGACGUCACGCGAUACUACUCCCGGAAGGGCACGAGCUGCAUCUGCUGAAACAGCAGCUACUACUAGCGCAGCAGCAGACAGUUCUACUUCGCAAACCAGAUCAUCUGACCACUGGCACUGCGUCAUCGUCGCGGAAACUGAGGAAUUAUAAUUGAAAUAACCGGAACACUGUGUGAUAUUAGGAUGCUGGGCGGCGGGUUCAAGGCCGAGAGGCUGCGAGUUAAUCUUCGUCUGGUGAUCAACCGCCUCAAACUCCUGGAGAAGAAGAAAACGGAGCUCGCCCAGAAAUCACGGAAGGAAAUUGCGGAUUAUCUGGCAUCCGGAAAAGAUGAGCGAGCGCGCAUUCGCGUGGAGCACAUCAUCAGAGAGGACUAUCUGGUGGAGGCCAUGGAGAUCCUGGAGCUGUACUGCGACUUGCUUCUCACCCGCUUUGGCCUCAUCCAGUCCUUGAAGAAUCUAGAUCCUGGGCUGCAGGAGGCGGUGUCUACGCUUAUCUGGGCUGCACCUCGAUUGCAGUCUGAAGUCACUGAGCUUAAGAUUGUGUCUGACCAGCUGUGUGCGAAAUACAGCAAGGAGUUUGGCAAGUUGUGCAGGACCAACGAGAUUGGAACAGUCAGUGAACGGCUCAUGCAUAAACUGGGCGUGGCAGCUCCUCCCAAGAUCCUCGUGGAACGAUAUCUCAUCGAGAUUGCCAAGAACUACAACGUGCCCUACGAGGCAGAUGCUAUGGUCAACCCAGAGGUCUGUGAGGCAGAGGAAGCUAAUCUGAUUGACAUGAAAAAUGACAAGAAGCCGGGGAGUGGAGGGAGUGGGGGUGGCGGGGGUUUUAUGGCACCCCCUGCAGCAUCACCUAUGCCUAUUGGAUUCAGCUUCCCACCUCCCAAAGGAUCACAGCAGCCUAUGAAUGCACCUGUUGGUUUUGGCAACUUCCCGCCUCCAGCGAUAGGAGGCCAAGCACCCCAGUUGCCCACCUGUCCCCCCAGCUAUGAGUCUAACAACCUGUUGAGCAACCCUUCCACUCCUUCACAGGUGACAGGUAUUGGCCCAUCCUCCCAGUCCUUUGGCAGUGCUCCCCUCCCUGAGCUUCCCUCAGUGCCCAACACAGCCCCUGCUGGUCCCUACAGCAAAGAUGCUUCAGCCUCUGAUGACAUCGACUUUGAUGACCUAACACGCCGCUUUGAGGAGCUGAAAAAGAAAACUUAAUCAUACAGUCUUGACACUACAUCUUUUGAAAUGGGGAAAAACACUGAUUCGGUUACCUUCUGACCUCGCUUGGAAUACGGCUUCAUUUUUACAUCCUCGUGCAGCCUUAAUUUGUUGAAACAAGCCUUUACCUUUACGGGGAAAGUUUUUUCAUCCACACCACGGUUUACUUAAAGAUGCCUUUUAGAUCAAAAUACACCUAGCAAAUUUUUCCUCGACUUCAACUCCGCUGUUUUAAGCAAGAGUAAAAUUUGUUUUUCUUUUUAAAAAAUGUAAACUUCUGAGACAUACUGGCCUUUUGCCACAAUUUCUUUUUUGUAGUGCAGUGAACUAGCAAUCCCAGACAUCUUUGUAUAAUUCAUAUUUGCAAUGCAAACAAGCAGAUUUUUGUGAAUAAGGAGUGCCACUCUCACCAUAGCGCUACGGUUAUGGAACCCUUCUCUGUAUGUUGUUUACCGUAUGUUACUUCAGGGAGGUGCAUGGUUUUCAUUCUUUAGUUUCUUGGUGUUUUCAGCAGUUCAGGGAGUCUUGCCAAGUGUAUAAUUUUUGGUCCCACUGUUACAAAACUUAUGCUGAGAUGCCAUUACAUAUCAUAAAAGAGCUUCCUUUAAAGGUGCAUAUUUUAAUAGCAAAAGAAGGGACCUCGGAAAAACAUUCAAAGCACUUAAAUAGGUAUUGUGGCUGUUGCCACAGGUGCGCUUUUGGGAAAGGUGUGGUUGGUGCCUGUAUUAGUCAUUUUAGUGACAUUUUCCUGACAUGCCUUAUUAACUAUAACGUACAUAUUAGAGCCAAAAGGAAAGAAAACUGGUAUACAAUUCAGUUCUCAUUCUAAGAUGACACUGCUUGACACAGUUGUCAAGCGGCUGACAUGUAUAAACCUGAUUUGGAGAUGGAGGGUAACUAGGGAGAUUGCAAUGAAUCCAGAAAUAUUUUUAUUGGGUGAAUUUGAUGAUGUUUGCACAAUUAAUAGCAGGUGGGUGGUUGAAGUCUGUGUUUUUUUACUCCUGAUUAUUCCUCCAUAUUAGUCUGUUACAUAUUUGCACUUUGUGUGACAUCACAAUUUUGUUUGGUCAUUUAACAGCUUAUUUAAGAGAAUAAAUGUAUAAGAAAAUGUUUUCUGAUCAAUACUGCAUUAAUGACCAGUAUAUUACAAUAAAUGUAUAAUUUUUUAGUGGAAAUCCAAAUAAAUGCAACAGUUCCACUAACUGCUGUGGAGUGUAUACAUACCUGUACUCAAGAAUUGGCAGUACAGUGUAUUAAAAAUGGUUUGGAUUUGAAAAAA